AUGAAUAGCAUUAAUAAUGAUAUAUGGGUCAAAUCUCUUGUUAUAUUAACAAUAAUUCAAGCCAUAGUUGGGAUAGCAUUAGAAGUUAGAAUAUUGUGUAGAAAUAUAAAACUACGAAGUGAUUUAAGAUAUAUCAGUCCAAAUAUUUUAAAAUGUGAUUUAGAAAUUUCACUUGAAAAAAUGGAUAGAAUUGUAAAUGAAAAUAUUGUUUUUAUAUUAUUUCAAAUAUUUCAAUGUUGGUUUUGUUUGAGUUCGAUUGCAAGUAAAAACACGAUUCAAUUAAUCACAAUCACAAUAUCGGAUUUACUUUGUUCUACUUAUGGAUUUGUGAGUAGUAAUGAUUUGUAA